AUGGCUCAGGUCCCGGUCCAGAUGAUCCAUCGGGAUCCCCAGUUACUAUACUGGAUCCUCUUCCCUAUCACCAUUGUCAUGAUUCUAACCGGUGUCCUCCGCCACUACGCCGCCGUCUUCCUCGCCAACGCCCCCAAGAAGCUCGAAAAACCCGCCAUGCGCGAACAGCGCUCCCUCCUCCACGGUAUCAGCGUCAAGAACAACUUCCACGUCCUCUCGCGCAGGUCCUUCGAGGCGCGCCGCGACUGGCUCAUCCCGGCCUUCGAGUCCGGCGCGUUCCUCAAGGAUCCCGACAGGAAGGGCCAGCCUGCGCCGAAUCCGUUGACGGAUCCCGGCGCUAUGGAUGGGAUGAUGGGCAUGAUGAAGAAUAAUAUGGCGAUGAUUAUUCCGAACACGCUUAUUAUGAGUUGGAUUAAUGCUUUUUUCAGCGGUUAUGUUAUCACGAAAUUGCCGUUCCCGAUUACGAUCAAGUUUAAGAGCAUGCUUCAGGCCGGCGUUGCGACGAAGGAUAUGGAUCCGAGGUGGAUGUCUAGCAUCAGCUGGUACUUCCUUUGCAUUUUCGGAUUGCAGUCCGUCUUUAACUUUUUGCUUGGCAGCGAUAAUGCUGCCAACCAGGUUGCUGCCCAGAUGGGUCAGAUGGGUCCCCAGGCGCAAAUGUUCGGACCUGGACAGGACCCUGACAAACAAUUCCAGGCGGAGGCAGAGAACUUGGCAGUCAUCGACCACUACUCGGUCCUUGAUGAUAUUGAGGACAGGCUUCUCGAGUCUGUCAGGGUAUAG